GCUGCGGAGGGAGGAGGAGAGAAGUUAUGUGAGCAACCAAAGGUGCAGCCUGGCCCCACAGGGAAGAAAGGCUGGUGGCGCGGGGCCCUGGGAGACGUGGCAGUGCCUGGAGGGGGUGGGGACAGGGCGUUGGGCCCACCAUUAGCACCAUGCUGCUGGGGAUCCUCGUGGUGCUCUGCUUCAUCCCCACUGCUGAUGUAACAGAAAACAAGAUUUUAGUGGCUCAGCAUCCUUUCCUCACCGUAGCUAACAAAACUGCAACUCUAGUCUGCAACUACACAUACAAUGGAACAGGGAAGGAAUUUCGAGCUUCACUGCACAAAGGAACAAACAGUGCAGUUGAAGUUUGCUUUAUUUCAUGGAACACAACCAAAAUUAGCAGUAAUUCAAAUAAAGAAUUCAACUGCGAGGGGAUUCAUGAUAAAGACAAAGUAAUCUUCAAUCUCUGGAAUAUGAAUGCCAACCAGACUGACAUCUACUUCUGCAAAAUAGAGGCCAUGUAUCCACCCCCAUAUGUCUACAAUGAGAAGAGCAAUGGAACCGUCAUUCACGUGAAAGAAACACCCAUCCAAACACAAGAGCCUCAGUCUGAAAUGUCAUUGUGGAUUAUGGUGGCAGUGGCUGGAGUUCUUACUUUCUACAGUAUGCUAAUAACCACAGUUUUUAUUAACCACUGGCAAAAAUCCAAAAAGAAUAUGUACCAUCAGAGUGACUACAUGAACAUGACUCCCCGGCAUCCACCAUACCAGAAGAACAAGGGUUACCCACCCUAUGCACCAACACGAGACUACACUGCAUAUCGGUCCUGGCAGCCGUGACACCCACCAGCUGACCCACCAGUAGCCUUAUGUGCUUCUAGGCAGUCACUUGCUCUUGGAUGUGGAAGGACAGCCUCUCAUUUUCUCAUCAUGUUUGUUGUUAUUGACCAUGGAUACCUACACCGUAGCAAGUAUUGGCUAAACUUCGAUGUAAGAUACUAAAAGAAAAAAACAAACACACAAACAAACAUAAAAAAGCAGGGGAAAAGUAAAAAAGGUUUGUUCUCCAUGACAGCUGAAAAUGAGAUACAAAUUGUGUUGAGGGUUGUCAGUGGGUAAGACAGAAAGAAGGCAUCAGACCUCAGAGCUGGUCUCCUCCUAACACUUGUGGUUUUGCUCAGCUGUUGGGAAGAGCAGAACUUCUGACCUUUCCCAAUAACUGCUGCCUUAGAUUUAACCCUUAAUUUCCUUCCCUGUAUAUCUAAAUCUCAGCAACUCUUGUUGCUGUUAAAUAAGGCAAAAUGUAAAAAAAAAAAAAAAAUAAAUCUUUUCUUCCCUACAAGACCAGGGCACCAUUUGGAAUUCAAAACACAUGCUUGAAAGAAAGAGGGGAAAGUCAGCCAGAAGGCACCCAAGCUAUUAGGCUAUGGCACAAGUGGGCCACCAGGACAAAUCGAGCUGAUAGAAAAUGGCUAAACCUUCAACAUGUGAGGCCUUAGGCUGGACACUUUGUAAAUGUUCAUAAGGCCAUUUGAAGUCAUGACCAAGCAACUCCACAGAGUGAGAAGGUAAUCAGUCUGAAGACAAAAUCAAGACAAACAGGAAAGGAAGAAAGAUCUGUUAUCUUCAUGAAGAACCCCAUUUCUGUUUUGUUUGCCUCCUACAGCGACAGAACGCAAAGUUGUAUGGGAAGCAUUAGAAGACACAGAGGUCAGGUUUUGAGGAGAGCUUUACUUCCAUUUUUGUUUCUAUCCAAAAGACAUUUUGCUGAGUCCUCCUGAAAAUUCAUACACAUCUUCUGGCACCUAGGUUGUACCAGAGCUCUUUCAAGAAUCUGGGUCCGGUUAUGAGCAACUAAAGAUCACCUGAAUUUUUUUCCUAUAAGCCCCUAUUUUUGGGGUGUGAGGAGGUCCUUCAUUCCCACUGUUGUAAAUUGGACUUGCAAGUGCUCAGCCACCUGCAGGGAUUACUCUGGGCACUUUGAGGAACUUUGCGUUGACUGGAUGUUACCUUUCUAUCUAACGAUGUUCUUCAGGAAUGCUCCAUGCUGGAGUAGGACAAAGGCUUUAGCAAAACCUGCUUCUUUCUUUCAGUUAAGCAUGUUUACAUUAGCAAGACAUCCUAAACUGUAACUGGUGAUGUCUUGGCAUAAAAUCCCUUUUCAUACUGAGGAGAUGAGGUUUAUUUUAUAGGGACUACUGAAUAAACAAUUAAAUGAGAAAUAAAUCCA